UCAGGCAAGUAACAAGAUCAAAUCAUCCAGUGUUUUUCAAUUACCACUUCCUAAUGAAUGUCCCGAGUUCCUUUGUCUGAAUGGAGCCAUAACAACACCUAAUCGGAUGCGCAGCCUGUCCCAUCUCUGAGCAUUUGUUCCUCUCACAAACGUGGUCAAGCGGACAGCUUUCCAAUCUACUUCCGAAUGAAUUUGUGCGUUGCGUUGUCCUGAAAUCUUCUUCAUACACAUGACUUCAAACAUGUCUUGGGCCUGAGACUCGCCAACGCAGAGAAUGUGGGCUAAUCCGAAGCACAUGACGGUGGAAAUGGGCCUGUAAUGUUGUGGAUAUCCCCUCGUCUCCUCAUGUCCUAGGUCGUUAUUAUUACGCUGUUGUCUUUCUCAUUUCCAUCCCGAUUUUUGGACGAUUCGGAAGCUUUCCCCGAAUACUGUUCGAAAACUCGGAGGUGUCAUUCGGACGAGAAGGUCGAACAGAAAUCGGGAACCCUCGAGUCCGUAGAAAUCUGAUUAUCGUACUCGUACGUAGUUUGUACAUAUGUACAGUACGAUCUUCUAGUCCUCGAAAUUCCCCAUUUUCCUCGUUCACUUCCAAGUUAGAAGGCUUGAGAAGGCUGGAAAUUGGAGGGCACCACCAACCCCGAAGACCAUGGUACUAGAGAGUCUGGCCUUCAUCAAUCUCAAGGAAGUGUUCGACACGUCGGCUUUGCCCAUCUCCUGAUCCCCAGGAUCCUCAUUGUCUUGAUCCAUUCCGUCCCUUCAAGCGCCAUCCAUCGGCAAUCGAGUUCAUAAGUUCAUAACGAGACAUACCACAUUUGGCGAUCGAUUCAUCAUGACCAAGACUAUUAAAAGAGAGAACACCAUACUUCUGUCCCACAGUGGACACAACCAACCCGAGCGAUUCCUUCAGGGUGUCCGACCUCCCACUCGAGUUUACAAGUUGGUUUUGACAGGAGGACCAUGCGGUGGUAAAACCACGGGACAAGCUCAAUUAGCCACGUUCUUUGAGAACAUUGGAUGGAAAGUUUACCGCGUCCCAGAAACCGCCACGGUUCUCAUGUCGGGAGGAAUUGCUUUUGGCGAGCUCAACGAAGAGCAAGUGAUGAACUUUCAGGAGAACCUGAUACGUGCCAUGUUGGCGUUGGAGGAUACGUACUUCUCCAUGGCUCAAAAGAGCGGCCAGAACUGUCUGGUAAUCUGUGAUCGUGGAACGAUGGAUGCGUCCGCGUUCAUUUCCAGACUGCAAUGGGAGGAAUUACUGGAGAAACUCGAUUUGGACGAAGGCCAUAUUUGUGAAGGUCGAUAUGACCACGUUAUUCAUAUGGUUUCCGCCGCCGUGGGAGCCGAGGAUUUUUACACCUGUGAUGACCACGCCGCCCGUUUUGAAGGCAUUGAAUUAGCCAGAGAUCGCGAUCAACGAGCCAUGGCCGCGUGGACAAUGCAUCCUUACGUGGACAUUGUGGACAACAGGAUCGAUUUUGAUAACAAGCUCAAACGAUUGGUGGAUAUUGUGGUACGGAGAAUCGGGCUGGAAAUCGGUGACCAGUUCAAGGCCAACUCCCGGAAAGUCAAGUUUGUGGUGAAAGGUCCUCUUCCUUUUGACGAGGAGUUCCCUUCCUUCACUGACUUUGAAGUUGAACACCACUACUUAAGGAGUGGCAUAGCUGGCAUUCAAUCACGCUUGAGGAAACGCAACCAUCAAGGCCGUCACACCUUCACUUGCACUGUGCGAAGGCCGGAGAAAAAGGGCCAAAUCAUUGAAGAGAAGACCACGCUCUCGAAGAAGGAUUAUGAAAAUCUGCUCAAUCACGCAGACGAAAGGCAUAUGCCCAUUUUCAAGACCAGAAGGUGUUUUCUGUACCAAAACCAACAAUACCAGCUGGAUAUCUACAGGGAUCCUUGCCAUCCACGUUGCAAAGGCUUGAUGUUGAUGGAGACCUUCACCACUUUACCUUCGGCUGAACUGAAACCUCAUCUGCCUCCGUUCCUUCAAGUUUCGCAAGAGGUCACGGGGGAUCCAGCCUUCUCCAUGUUCAAUCUGGCCUUAAGGUCUGAUUGGACGGAGAAGUCUCAUCACUUUUGUCAUCGUCUGAGUCUGACGGCGUCAACGAUCCCGGAAAACGACACUGAGAGGCUCAAGGCCCAGACAGAAGAGGCCCAGAAUGCUCAGAAGAGAUUUGCAGAGACCUUCGACCAAUAUUCAAGUGACUAUUCAUCAGGUGGAGAGUAACAACAAAGCUCGGGGCUGGCUUUGUUCUGCUGACAAGAUCCUGAUUUGGAGGACGCAUCCCACCCAAGAGGAUACACCAAAAUACGUAUUUUUAUCUAAGAAAUGGUGAUGGGAAUACAUAUCUCUCUCCGCGAGAAGCUUGAAUAGACGGAUUGGACUUGGUUCCGACACAAA